CACACUUUCCAAAACAGCUGUUGUAAAUAGACUUAUGACAGACAGGUAGUUCGUUGUGCGGUACAGAGUAGCAACCCCUCACAAACUAGUCGUGUGCUUCUUCGGAUAAGUUAAUUCCCUGUUCAAGUGUACUGAGCGAAAGUUCACGUUCCUGGUAUUCAGGCCUGAAUUUAAUUCGACUCAUCACUCUCGGUGGAACGCUAAACCUUGAUGCGAUAAGCUAAUGUUAGCUAGCUAGUAAACUGUUGAAGCGUUAGCAGGCUAACAAGGACCCACGACGAGGACCAACAAGGGAAUAUUUAGCAUAUUAGCUAACAUUCUGGUUUGCUGACAUAUCGCCGUAUAUUUAUUAUAAGCUCUCGGGGCCGCUGAAUAAUUUGGUAGCUAGUUUACACACACUGUUUCUUUCCCAGAGAAGUGGGCCCACGUUUCUAGCUGGUCAGACUUGCCCACCUCGCUAGGCUAACUUAGGUUGAUGCUCCUUUCCUCUCCCACCUGUCCGCUCGUCAAACCGGGAGACUGCUGUGUCACAGAGCUCCGUUGUGGCCGAUGCCACCGGCCCCGUUUGGAAGCGGAGCACCAGUUCCUGGAAGGUCGAAGUGUAAAACAUACAUAGCUAGCCUGGUUCCACUCGGACAGGUCCCUGGCUGUGCAAAAAGUGACAGCUCAUUAUUUGAGUGUGGUGGGUAGCCAGCAAGUCGCUAGUCUGGGCUGUAGGACCAGUGCACGGAGCCAUGGCGGAGUUGAAUAAGGAGGUUGUGGAUCUAGUUUGGGGAAGACCAGGCAGCAGCGGUAUUUCUGCUUCACUGUUCAGGAGAUGGACCCAAGGGUUGGUCUUCAGUAAGACAGAACCCACAGCACUGGAGCAGUUUGAAGGAGGACCAUGUGCAGUCAUUGCUCCCGUACAGGCCUUCCUCCUGAAGAACAUCCUAUUUAACAGAGAGAGUUCUGACUGGGGACAUGUCACAGAGGACGAGCAGAAAGCGGCAUUGUGCUCCACUCUGGCUGAGAUCUUGGAACAGGCUUCCUCUACAUCGUCCACUACCUCCUACUGCCUGGUGACCUGGGCUAAGGGGCAGAGCCCCCACACCGCCACCACACACACUCACACGUCCCUGCCAGGGGGGCCUGAGUCCAGCCAGACACUACCGGACCAGCAACCCACUGCUUUGGCUGCUGCGGAUCUUGGCUUUGAGCGGUUUCACAGCAUCCUCCAGAAGCGUAUUGUGAAGUCAUUAUCAGAGCUAAGAGAGGAGGUGGUAUCUCUUUAUGAAACCUGGACAGGGCGCUGUGGAGUCUUGCUUUUCCUCUACUCUGUCAUCUUGACCAAGGGGAUAGAGAACAUCAGGAAUGAAAUUGAGGAUACCACUGAGCCUCUUAUAGAUCCAGUUUAUGGCCACGGCAGUCAGAGUCUUGUUAACUUGUUAGUGACGGGCCAUGCCGUCUCUAAUGUCUGGGACGGGGACAGGGAGUGCUCCGGCAUGAAGCUCCAUGGCAUCCACAGCCAGGCAUCAGUGGGCUUCCUCACUCUAAUGGAGUCACUACGCUACUGUAAGGUGGGAGCGUUCCUGAAGUCUCCAAAGUUCCCUAUAUGGAUCCUUGGCAGUGAAACUCAUCUCUCUGUCUUCUUCACCAAGGAGAUGUGUCUGGUGGCCCCUGAGUCUCCGUCUGAACAGGCCAGAAGAGUCUUCCAAAGCUUCGACCCUGAAGAUAAUGGCUUCAUUCCAGACUCUCUGUUGGAGGAGGUGAUGAAGGCACUUGACCUCGUCUCAGAACCCCAAUAUGUGAGUCUGAUGAAGAGUAAGUUGGAUCCAGAGGGCUUGGGGAUCGUUCUGCUGGCUCCCUUCCUCUUGGAGUUUUUUCCUGAUCAGGAUACUGGGAUUCCAGACUCUUUCCCUGUCUACCACUAUAAUGGCCUGAAACAGUCCAACCACAAUGAGAGAGUGGAGUAUGUGCAGGGUACAGCUCUGAUCCUGGGCUUCGAGGACCCAAUGGUGAGGACAGACGACACACCAGUGAAGCGAUGCCUCCAGACCAAGUGGCCCUACAUAGAGCUGCUGUGGACCACUGACCGCUCUCCUUCACUCAACUAGCUCAGUGCUGAUCUGUACAGGCCCGGAGGCCCCAACCACUGACACACCCCAAACAAAUAUACUGACCCCCCAACAGACAUACUGACUACCACCCCCCCCCCCAAACAGACAUACUGACUAC